AUGGCUGGAGAAGACACUGCAGAGGGUGAGAAAUCAAUUACAGAGAAAGAACCACCCGCUCUGCAUACUACUGCCCGGCCAGAUAACCUGAGUGAGCUGCAUGAGCAAGACAAGUAUCUUCAUGGCCGCGCACUCGUCUUGAUGACGCUGUCCCUGAUGGUGGGAGUGUUUACCGUCGCAUUAGAUAACAGUAUCAUAUCCACUGCUAUACCGAUAAUCACGACGGACUUUAACAGCCUCGGCGAUGUGGCGUGGUAUGGCUCCGUCUACCUGCUUGCUCAGAUGUCUUUCCAACCGACAUUCGGCAAGGCCUACAUGUUCUUCAACCUGAAGUGGGUGUGGCUCGGAUCCGGCCUGCUUUUCGAAGCUGGGUCCGUGAUCUGCGCGGCGGCGCCCAACUCCCCCGUCUUCAUCACCGGCCGAGCCGUGGCCGGGCUGGGGGCUGCCGGGCUCUUCUGCGGGGCCAUGAUCAUCAUGUCGCAGAUUGUCGAGAUGCGGAAACGCCCGCUGUUGCUGGGCAUUGUGACGAGCAUGUACGGCGUUGCCUCGGUGGUUGGCCCGUCUCUGGGUGGUGUCUUCACCCAUUCGGCCCGCCUCACCUGGAGAUUUUGCUUUUGGAUCAACCUGCCCUUGGGUGGCCUGACCGGGUUCAUUGUGUGCUUCUACUACCCAUCGUCUCUUGGCGGAGCACCCUACAAGAACCGUCCCCUUCGACAGAAGCUGACCAGUCUCGGUCUAAAGAGCGUCUUGAUCUUGACUGGCACUCUAGUCUGCCUGAUCCUCGCUCUUCAGUGGGGCGGGGCUGACUACCCCUGGUCUGACUCCCGCGUAUGGGGCUGCUUCCUGGGCUUUGGCCUGCUCCUUGCCCUCUUCGGAUACAUGCAGUACCGUCAGGAGGAUGAUGCCCUUAUCCCCCUUCGUGUCCUUUCUCAACGAUCCGUCCUCCUAGGCUGCAUCUUCUCCUGCCUGCUACAGGGCGCCAUGAUGACCCAGACAUACUACCUCCCGUUCUACUUCCAGGCCGUACGAGGCACAAACGCCCAAACCUCCGGCUUCAGCAUCCUGCCCUACGGCGUGACCGUCUCCAUCGCCACCCUCAUCAGCGGCACCCUCGUCACCCUCUCCGGCUUCUACGUCCCCUUCAUGUGGCUCGGAUCCGGGCUCUUCGUCGCAGGCGGCGGCCUCCUCUACACUCUGUCGCGCUCGAGCCCGAUCGCGAAAUGGUUCGGGUACCAGGUGCUCACGGGCGCAGGGUACGGCGUCAUGGUGCAGAUCCCGAUCACCGCCAUCCAGGUGGUUCUGAGCGCGGCGGAUAUCCCGCUUGGGAGCACGCUGGUUAUCCUCGCGCAGUGCCUCGGGGGAUCGGUUGGCCUGGCUAUCGCCGAGAAUGUCUUUCGGAAUGCGCUGCACUCGCAUCUUCUUGCGCUCCGCGGGGUGGAUGUCCCGGCGGUGGAGGCGGCUGGUGGCGCCGAGUUGCAGAACGUGGUGUCUGCGGGCCUGCUGGGGUCGGUGAGGGAUGUGUUUCGGGUUGCGGUGUCCGAUGCGUUUCUUGUGGCGGUUGGUCUGGGAGGGGUUGCGUUUCUGGCUUCGAUUGGGAUGGAAAGGAGGAGGAUUAUGGCCAAGGGGGGGUGA